AUGGAUUCGAAUGAAAAAACCGUAGGUGACAUUGAAUAUAUCUCAAGGACCCCAUUAACAUCCCGCAAGAAAAGGAUCGUCGAUGUAGACGAGUACCAAAAAGCUCGGGCGGACCUUCUCAAGCAAGAAAAAGAGGCUACCCAGUUACUGCAAAGACUAGCAGCCAAACGCCGAGAACUCCCCAUGGUAGAAAUCUCCAACCCAGAUCAAUUCAAAUUUGACACGCCCGAAGGAGAGAAAAGCCUAGUAGAUCUCUUCGAUGGCCUCGACCAAUUGAUCGUCUACCACUUCAUGCUCGGUCCUGGCGAGCAUAAAGGGUGUGUGGGGUGCUCUUUUUGCAUGGAUCACAUUCCAAAUCUCGGACAUUUGCGGAGCCGAAAUACUUCUUUUGUUGCUGUCGCUACUGCGCCGUUGUCUGAGAUCACUAGCUAUCAAAAUAGGAUGGGAUGGAAGUUCCCGUUUUACAGUUCUGCCAAGACUCAUCAGACAUGGAAGAAGGUUGAAGGAAAUGGGGAGACUGUGACGUGGAAGCCUGGAAAUGGGUAUUUCGGUCUCUGUAUUUUCCGGAAAGAUGGCGAUCGUGUCUUUCAUACUUAUGAUACUUCGGAUCGGGGACUGGAAAGUAUUUUGUCGACGUAUCAUCUGUUGGAUAUGACGCCGAUGGGUCGACAAGAGGUUGGUAAUGGGAUGAAUAGAUUUAGUCUUCAUGAUGAGUAUUGA